AUGGCGGAUAUUCCGAGCAUCAGGAAGCUAGACGAAGCUGUCAUAAACCGUAUAGCGGCUGGAGAAGUCAUUCAAAGACCUGCAAAUGCYCUAAAAGAAAUGAUAGAAAACAGUCUUGACGCCAAAUCUACUUCAAUAACCGUCACAGUUAAAUCUGGAGGCCUAAAACUGCUUCAAAUCCAGGACAAUGGCUGCGGAAUCCGCAAGGACGACAUGACCAUUGUUUGCGAGCGUUUUACAACUAGCAAGUUAUCUAAGUUUGAAGAUUUAACGAGUAUUUCUACGUACGGAUUUCGUGGAGAGGCUUUGGCUAGUAUAAGCCACGUAGCUCAUGUUACUAUCACCACAAAGACAGCAUCUUCGAAUUGCGCUUAUAAGGCCUGUUAUUCGGACGGGAAGCUUGUACCYCCCCGACCAGGGAUGACAGCUGAUCCAAAGCCUUGCGCUGGUAACAGAGGUACGCAGAUWGCAGUGGAGGAUUURUUUUAUAAYGUUGCAACGAGACGAAAAGCAUUAAAAAGCCCUGGUGAAGAGUUCAGUAAAAUUGCUGAUGUUGUAAGCAAGUACGCCAUUCAUAACACAGGAGUUGCAUUCACUUUGAAAAAACAGGGGGAUAGUAAAGCUGACGUUCGUACAACAAACACAGCCUCAAUACAGGAUAAUAUACGCACAAUAUAUGGGCCUGCUAUUGCCAAGGAACUUUUAGAAGUUGAAUGCAACAAUCAGAAAUUUGGUUUCAUCAUGAAAGGUUGYAUUACAAAUGCAAAUUACUCUGUCAAAAAGACCCAAUUUCUUCUGUUUAUCAACCACCGACUUGUUGACUCUACAGCUCUGCGUAAAUCUCUAGAGACUGUAUAUGARGCAUAUCUCCCCAAAGGAAUGCACCCAUUUAUUUACAUGAGUCUUGAAAUAGCRCCUGCAAAUGUUGACGUAAAUGUCCACCCCACAAAGCAUGAAGUUCACUUUCUUCAUGAAGAAUCUAUCAUUGAAGCCAUACAAAAGGCUGUGGAGGAGAAACUAUUGGGCUGUAAUAGUUCACGUACAUACUAYACUCAGGCUCUUCUACCGGGUGCACCAGAACCCAUUGAUAGUGUUAUGAAAGAAUCAAAUCAUGAUAAUUCAACAUCCAGUGACAGUGGCAGCAAGAUCUAUGCCCAUAAGAUGGUCCGCACAGACAACAGAGAACAAACSCUACAUGCUUUUAUUCCACCAAAACAUUUACUCAGUGAAGAGCCUGAACCAAUUCCAAAGCCCACUUCAGAUGUCCAGGACAUUGAGAUGAAAGAAAGUAAAUCAAAUGAAUCUGCUGCAUGUUCAUCAAGAGCAGAUCAAGACUCUUCUGCAUUAGCACCAGAGAGUAAAAAGCCAAAAUUGGACGGCAAACCAAAAGCAAAAACCACAGCCAAGAAAACUAGGAGAGACAUCCAGCUCAUCAGCAUUAACAAUCUACGCCAAAYAAUAGACAAAGCAGAACAUCAAGGACUGAAAGAACUACUUGAAGACCACAAGUUUGUUGGAUGUGUUAACAACUCCCUAGUACUUUUACAGCACAACACCAAACUUUACUUAUCCAACAUCAAUAUACUUAGCAGAGAGCUAUUCUACCAGAUAAUCAUGUUUAGAUUUGGUGAUUUUGGAUUCUUAAAGCUGUCYGAAGCAGCACCAAUUUAUGAGCUAGCAAUGAUGGCUUUGGAGAGCAGUGAAAGUGGCUGGUCGGAGGAUGACGGCCCUAAGGAGGACCUUGCAAGUUAUAUCACAGAUUUUUUGAAGAAGAAAGCAGAAAUGUUGCUGGAUUAUUUCUCUAUUGAGAUYGAUGAAGAUGGUAAUCUUUGCUCACUGCCAUUGCUGGUUGAUAACUAUGUUCCAAACUUCUUGGGGCUUCCAAUGUUUAUAUUAAGGAUGGCUACUGAGGUUGAGUGGGAUACAGAACAAGAAUGCUUUGACAGUGUCGCAAGAGAAAUCAGUCUCCUUUAUGCCUUUAAACCAGAACCUACCAUAAACAAAGCAAUUCAUUGUAAUACUGAGGACAAAUCUGAUAAAGGCGAUGUAACAUGGCAAUGGGUUGCAGAACAUGUAAUAAUGCCAGCUUUAAGAGCAGGGCUUGUGCCGCCUGCUAGGUUUGCUGAAGAUGGAACUCUUCUACAAAUUGCAAACUUAACUGAGUUAUACAAAGUCUUUGAAAGGUGUUAGACACAACGUUCAUUAUGUAAAGUCAAAGAAAUUUGAUAUUGAAUAAAAGAGGUAUAACAUACAAUUCCAAGAGUUGUGAAUUUUAUUAGAAGCUUAAUUUAAAUAAAAAGUUGAAGUGUGAAAAAAAAAUAAAAGAAAU